GCUGCGGCGGGGGAGGCUCAGGGAGGACUGGCUGGUCGCUGGGCUUUUGCGGUUGCGCCAAGCGCUCCCCAGCAGCGGCUUCCGAGCCUGGGCUGCGUUGGGGUCGUGAGAGGCGGGAACGUCGGCGGGUCUGUCCGAUUCUUCUCCAUGGAGGUGGGCCUUUGCGCCCAGCUCUUGCCUGCUGUGCUUGGUCUUCUUUAUUGGUGUGAACAUGAACUAGUAGUGCUGGGAGCCGGCGGGGCUGGCUAGUUUGCUGGCUAGCUGGCUGACACGCGGGCGGCUGGCUCCCUGCCUGCUUCGGGGGCGGUCAGUCGAUCUGGUGGGGGGGGGGAGGUUUUUGGCGGUUCCCCGCCAUGAACUUCCAGCAACAGCAGCAGCAGCUGGCGAAUUCUGCGGCCAUCCGGGCGGAGAUCCAACGGUUCGAGUCGGUGCACCCCAACAUCUACUCCAUUUACGAGCUGCUGGAGCGGGUGGAAGAGCCGGUGCUGCAAAACCAGAUCAGGGAGCACGUCAUCGCCAUCGAAGAUGCCUUUGUAAAUAGCCAGGAAUGGACACUAAGUCGAUCAGUGCCCGAGCUAAAAGUGGGAAUUGUGGGGAAUUUAGCUAGUGGUAAAUCUGCUCUUGUACAUCGUUAUCUGACUGGGACUUAUGUCCAAGAGGAAUCACCAGAAGAUAUGGAUGCAGGUGGGAGAUUCAAGAAGGAAAUAGUAGUUGAUGGACAGAGUUACCUGUUGCUGAUUAGAGAUGAAGGAGGUCCUCCUGAGGCACAGUUUGCCAUGUGGGUGGAUGCUGUUAUCUUUGUCUUCAGCCUUGAGGAUGAAAUUAGUUUCCAGACAGUGUACCAUUACUAUAGCCGUAUGGCAAACUAUCGUAAUGCUAAUGAAAUCCCAAUGGUACUAGUAGGAACUCAGG